CCGGCCUCUGAUGUUCUUAAUAUCUUUUCAUGGAUUCUUACUGGUCUCAGCAACUACCCACCACCACGCUCUGUCCAGAAGGGAGCACUCACACUACAGUCUUCUGGAUCAGGGAGCUGUGGCAUUGUGGCUCACAAUUUUGUCGAAUCACUUGUUGAUGAGAGUGUUCCGUAUUGGGAUAAUGUCUCGUCGCUAGAAUUUCGAAAAAAGGCACUGCAAGAAAUUAUUAUCUAUCACGAUGCAGCAGCACGAACUUCAGUAAUCUUUCUUGACUGGGUUCGCCCAUGUCUAAACAAUGAGGUUCAAUCUAAUUGCUCGGAAGACUUCGUUGGCUUUAAUGACUUCAACUUGUAUAUACCAUUGGCUUCUCAUCCAAUCUAUAAAUUCAAGACU